AUGGAGGAAUCGAAUAUUGACGACAUCUUCCAGCAAAAACAACCUUCUGAACAACCACAAACACCAUUACAAUCCGUGGAAGAGACGCUCUCAUCAGUUGCCGAGGCUUUGAAAGACCCUGAUGCAAGUAUCAGACAAACCCAGCAGAACGACAAUGGAGGCAGAGAUUUUGUAGAUGAGCGACUGCCAAAAAGAGUUAAAAUUGCAGAACAAGAACAACAGGAACAAGAAGAACAAGAACAAGAACAACAACAACAACAACAACAACAACAACAAAAUUUUGGAGAUUCAUCCUUUCUGCGAGAUACUUCAAAUAAUGCAGAAGCUGGUGGCAGCAUGAACCAUUUAGUUCAGACUUUAGAAAGUUCGGAACUGUCACCUGCAAUGACAGAUAGCCAAGCUUACUUAAUACAACAAGCGCAUAAACAACUUGAGACGCAACAACAGCAACAACAACAACAGCAGCAACAACAGCAACAACAACAACAGCAGCAGCAAGACCAAGGAAAGGCACCAUCUGAAGAUGCAAACUCUCAACCUGCAUUUGUGGAACCACCACGGGCCCUGACCCAGAAAUACACUUCAUCAGCAAUUCCUCCUGACUCCGAGCUUUUCAAUACUAAUGCUGCACAUGCAGCGUAUACAUCCUUAUCUUCGCAGUAUCAACACCUGGCAAUUGACCCUACUAGGGCUAUAUUUACACUGGCAAACUUAUCUGUUUUACCCCUACCCAUUGUUGCAGCUGACUACUUACCCCCUCGUAUACAGUUACUUAUCAAUACCUUACCAACAUUGGACAAUCUAGCAACACAAUUACUAAGAGUGGUUGUAACAUCUUCAUAUAAAAAAAUCAUUGAUCUUGCAUCAAAUCCCGAAACACCUCAAGGAGCAACAUACCGCGAUUUAACCUCAUUGUUUGAAUUCACAAAACGACUUUACUCUGAAGAAGAUCCUUUUCUAACAGUUGAGCAUUUAGCACCUGGAAUGUGGCAUGUUGGAGAAGUAACACCUCAAAUUUUCAAAAAUAAAGAGCAAAGUAUUGAAUCGACGUUACGGAAAGUCAACUUGGCAACUUUUAUUGCUGCUACUUUGGGUACGAUGGAAAUUGGAUUUUUUUACCUCAAUGAGUUUUUCUUGGAUAUCUUUUGUCCCGCUAACGACCUUGACAUUAAGAAUAGUCUUCUGGAUACAAACUAUUUGGAUACAACAGUUUCAUCACUAGCCACUAGUAUACAAUCUGGCUCAGGCACAACAAUUGGAAGCAAGAUUGGUAAACUACUUAAACCGCAGGCAUUGCUUUACCUUGAUUUGAAAACACAAGCAUAUAUAUCGGCUAUCGAAGCUGGUGAAAGGUCAAGGGCAGAGAUCUUGGAAGAUAUACUUCCCGAUAAUAUCGAUGAAAUCCUUAUGAAGAGGAGAAAUAUCUCAUUGUUACUACCUACAGAGAUUGACUUUGUCGAAAGAUGUCGAUCACGUAAGACGUUUCUUCUUUCCCAUGACGAGGAUCCACAACAACCACUCUCUGAGAAUUUCAAAUGGUUUUCAUUUUUAAAAGAUUUACUUGAUUACGUUUCAAGAAAUAUGGGCUACUUAGUAUGGGGCAAGUCCGGUAAACCAAGCCGGGACCGAGGAGAAGAGUCUCCGGCACAUACACAAGAGCUUUACGACCAGAUUAAUGCGCAAAUGAACUAUAAUCCUAAUGCCGCUAGUGAAGAGCCGGUCUCAGUCUCUAGUGAAGAUCAUUCAAAACUCCUUCCUUCUGAAAUACGAGAACAACAAAUUCAUGUUAAUGGACACAAACCAAGUCAACGUAGACCAUGGACUAGAGACGAAGAAAAAGCAUUCAGACACGCAUUGGAACUAAAAGGUCCGCAUUGGUCAGCCAUCUUGGAGCUAUUUGGUAAAGGCGGAAAAAUCAAUGAGAGUCUUAAGAAUAGAAGCCAGGUUCAACUCAAAGAUAAAGCAAGGAAUUGGAAGGUAUUCUAUUUGAAAAAUGGGAUGGAUGUGCCACACUAUUUGAGAAAUGUAACUGGCGCAUUGGAUGAUAAGGUCAAGCGAAGUAUAUCGCGAGCCGCAAAGACUGCUGCUGCGCCGGUGCCAAAUGUUCAACAAGGAAAGGCAAAGGACAAAACGGCGGGGAACUUGAAUAAAGGAAACGGAGCAGCUUCAAAUUAA